AUGGUGGGAUUGUUCCCCUGCAACUUUGUUGAGUUUGUAGAGGAUAAAACUACGCCUCCCCCAGAAAACAAGCAGCCUACAAGACAAGAUUCGAAACAGUCUGUUCAUUCUGUGCUGAGUCGGAAUAGCAUCUCCAGAGAACCCAGUCCUGGACUCAACUCGACUGUCAGAUGCCGUUCAAGUGUAUCCCGUAAAAGUGUUUCUCCUGGUCCAGACAGUCCAUGGAAUGGAAUGAGAUAUAAUGGUGAUGCUGCCUCGAUGAAAUCACUGACUCGAUCCAGUUUUAUUAGAGAACAUGAUGCUGAGAAUAUAAGCCGUUCUGGCAGCAGAAACGAACUCAAGAGUAGGGAAGCUAUACUACAAGAUCUCACAGCUGAACUGAGUCGUGGCAGCUCGUCGAUUAGUAGAUUCUCUUCAAUUGCAAGUAGCACAAACUUUCAAACAAGAGAUUCUCAGUCCCAGUAUUCGACACAUCCUCAACCCCCUCCUCCUGAAGACGACUAUGAUUAUAGCGACAGCAGCGAUGGUAGUUACACACCCAGCUUUGUCCCAUCAAGAGAAAACUCUUUUUCACAGACAAAACAACAACAGCAUCAUUCAUACCACCCCGGUCAAGAUUAUUCUGGAAACCGUUCAUUCGACAACUACGACUCGGAAGAAGAACCGUAUUCUGACGAUGAGUACGAUGACGACUAUGAACAUAACCAGGCACCACCACCAGUGCCUCCUCAGCAUUCAGUUCCAGUUUCAAGAAUGAAUUCGACAUCGGUAACUCCUCCUCAUAACUCUUCUAGUAGACACUCGCUGAAUCUGGAUCGUACCCCCUCUCCUUUGAGAAGUGCCAUGGAUGACGUUAUGGAGAGUCUAGAUAAUUUGGACGAUAUGUCUAGAAGCACGUCCAUGGUAUCUUCGCACAACGGAUUUGAUGACGAUGACGAAAGCCUUUCUGCCACAAUCACAAAAUCAGCUCGCUCCAAAAUGGUCGGUACCAGCAUUGAUCAUAGCCCACUAAGCGAGCGAUUUUCCAGAAUGAAUCUGGGCCAGAGCCAAUACAGUCAGACUACGCAAUCUUAUGAAGACGACGAUGGAUACAUACCUUAUGAUCCAACUUCAUAUGAUAACAUCGCUACAGAAAGCAGUGUCACUCAAACUGCCUGGCAAAUCGGAAGAGCUGAUACCGGCCACAGCACUAAUUCAUCAGUAAACACAAACAGCUUGUCUAUUAUUUCUCAUAGUACAGCACCAACUACAUUCAGCCAAAUGAGCUCGUCAGUGUCCAAUGAAAAUAGUAGCUAUGUGCCUGCCAGCUCAAUGAUCAGGGCCAGUACAGUCUCAACGACGUCUAGUGAUUCCAGAUCUUCAGGGUUUAUGUCAGACUUCAUGGAUGAUACUCCUGUCAGCUUGCCCGAUGCCAAACGCCCAAUCGUAGACACUAAAGCCAAGUCUCUGAAAUUUAGAAAGUCAGCGGGAUUUUUGAAAAAAUUCUUCAACUCAUCCAAUGUCGACAAUGACUCCGAGGUGUCGGAAUCAUUCCGGGAGAACUCGAUGGUGGAAUCAAUGUCUUUAAAAAGAACAAAGUCCCAUGCUUCGAGAAAGUCAACAGCAUCGUCAUCUAGCCACUUCCGUAACUCACUCAAGAGAGUGUCUGGUAUUGCUUUGAUAAAGGGUGGUAUCUCUGCCACAUUUGGAGGGAAACCAUCAGACUCUCAAAGUGCUAUGUGGAUGGAGGCACGAAGAGACAUCCAUCGUUCAAACACUAUAACUACAAAUGAAGCUGAACAACGCAGGCUUCAAUUAGAAUUGCAUGGAAUUAGCAUCAGAGAACCAUUAAAAAUUCUUGCUCAAGUACAGGGCAAUGAAACUCUUGGAGGACCUACUAAAGGAGAAGGAAAAAGGGAUAUAGCCAUGCAAGACUUUUCAAGAGUCGAUGAAAUCAUCGGUGCUUUAUCUUCAUGGCCGAAAUUGAUGACACCAGCUGUAUUUGCUAGUAGUCGAAUUGGACGACAAUUCGAAUACGACAUAGAACGAGUCCGAGCUGUGUUUGAUCUGUGUGCUUCUAAAUUCACUUGGGAACAGGCGUUACCUCAUGAUGAUGUCGAUGUAUCAAGCUUCUCCAGGCUCAUGCAAACCAAGAAAGCCACUUCUCAAGAACUUGCGUACUGUGUCAAAUCCAUGUGCGAUGCACUGGAAAUUCCUUGUGAAAUUAUAAAGGGCCAUCUUAAAGCUCCAGGGGAGGUCUUUGAUAGCGGUGUCGUCAAACCCAACCACUAUUGGAAUGCUGUUAUUGUCGAUAACGAAUGGCGUAUGCUCGAUGUGACAUUGGCUAACCCAUCUUUUGGCAACCGGGAUUCUUACUACAGAAUCGAGCCUGACGCCUUUUCUAGAUCAGCAUCUUCCGUACUUCGCAUCAAUCACUUCUACUUCAUGACACGUCCAAUGGACUUGAUUUACACACAUGUCCCAUGUGCCAAGGAAGACCAGUUUAUUGUUCCACCACUGGAACCUCAAGAUGCACUUGCUCUACCCAUAGCUGGACCCGAACUGUUCAAAUACGACGUCAAGCUUGUAGACUACCACACAGGUCUAACAAGGCUGAACAAUCUGGAGAUUGCUGAGCUAACACUCUCUGUUCAGCACGGAAUCGAACUUUUGGCUGAAGUCGUAGUGGGAAAUACCGCCCACCCCGACGAUUGUGUCAAGAUUCCCGGGCUUGCUCAAGCCUACUGGGAAGGCAACAGGAGACUCUUCCGCAUCAAAGGAUACUUACCUGAACCUUACCGACAGGGCGUUCUCAACAUCUACGUUGGAGAACGUGGCAGUUUACAGUCUAUCAGUCGUAACACACUUGGAAUGGCAUAUUCUAUUGCCAUCACCCACACUGGAGAAAACGCACCUCUUGAAUUGGUCACCCGUCACCCAACUCCUCACUGUAAACGACAAGAUCUCUAUGUGAAGCAGCCACAAUGUAAAAAGCUGCUGGAAGGAAACACUUAUAUGUUCUCGAUAAAACAACACCCAUCUGGCGGGAUCACUUCAGGGUCUGGUUUCGCUCGUGUCAAACUGGGUGUGCAAUCUCCAUCAGGACGAAUAACAAAAAUGCACCUUGCUGAUGGAAAUGGUCAUGUCCACGGCACCUGGGAGGCCUCUGUUAAGUGCUCGGAAAUUGGUACCUGGCGUGGACUGGUGCUGGCCGACAGCGGAAAUGCCUGGAGCGUUUUUGCUGAGUGGUACUGUACCUAA